CGCAGGUAGGGGCUUCGUGCGGCGGCGGGAGGGGAAGCGUCCCUGUUUGCAGUGGGUCCCGGCCCCUGGGGUCCGCUUCCCCCCCCGGGCCCGCCGAGCAGAGAGCUCCGGGGGGACCUUUCAGCUUUAUUUAUGCACAGCCACCAUGGGUUUUGCAGAAGACAAAGUGUACGACUACAUUUUGAAAAAUCUCAAGAAUUUCAAGAACAUCCGCGUGGCAUCACUGGCCGAUUCCCUGAGCUGCCUGACCGACGCUGACAGAGAUGAACUUUAUGCCCGGGAGGAAACGCGGGGGAGCCAGGCUACCGUCUAUAGGUUUUACCAGCACCUGAAGUGCCGGCAGGGCUGGGUGUGGGAUCUCAUCAAUGCGCUGCGCCAGAACAACGCGGGGCACCUGGCCGAUGAGCUGCAGCAUGUGUACGAGUCCUGCCAAGCCCGUCCCCCAGCUCCCUCCGCUGCCUCCUUCCCUCCUGCAGCCAGUGGUGCCCAUCCCACCGUCUCCUCUGUCAGUGCCCAGACGCUGUCCCCAAGGCCAAACCCUGCUCCGGGCACCCCAUUGGCCAUGCAGCCGCGCAAAGACCUGCCUGCCGGUGGAUGUCCACCUCUCCUGCCCAGUGCUGCCACUGCCAUGAGCACGGACCUGGACGCCAGGGUCCCGGUGCAGGAAUCGCUCCCCAAAAACCUGGAGCAAGAGAGUCCCCAGCUGCCUCCGCCUGGGAGCAUGGUCCAUGAUGGAGCGAGCAAUGGGCACGGCAGAGAGGAGCAUCUCCCAGACCCUGUCGAGACUGUGCAGGCAGCAGCGGGGACCCCCGGGACAGGCAGCGUGGCCGUGCCAUUGGCUGCACCCCCCAAGUGGGGCCAGGAGUGGCUGAGCCGCCAGCAGCACCCGGUGUGUGUGGACAACGGGUGUUUCGGCAAUGCCAACCACCUGCACCGCGGCAUGCCAGGCUUGGGGCUGGGCAGGUCUCUUCCGCCAAGGGAAGUGGUUGCUGCUCGCAGCCCUGAGCAGCCCAGGAAUGAGCCCGAAGAGGACUUCUACCUCUCUACCGAGUUGCCCUCGAGGCCAGAGGAGACCGCUCGCAGCGGGGGGCCACAGCCCCCAGACUCGCUGCCAAAAAACCAGGCUGUGCCCAGCUCAGAGCACAGCGAGGUACCGGGCAGCUUCGUGGAUGUGCGCAGCCCCCUCCUCAUACAGCAGCAGUUCGAUGCGGAGCAGAAGCGAGUCGAGAUGCUGCAAGAGCAUGGAGGAGAUGGAGACAGUUGGAUGGAAACAACUACCCUUGUACCCAGAGAUGCUUCCCCAUCCUGCGACACCUCUGUGAAGUCUGUACAAGAGAAAAAACUGCCCGUGGCGGAAACGGCCAGCAGCACCCCCUCGGUGCCGACGAGGGAGAAGGUGCUCCCGGCCUCGGCAGAUCCUCUUCCAACUGUUGCAGGAAGCUUUGAAGGCAUCUCUGGGAGGAUGGCAUCCCGAGUGAGCUCUGCCACGAGCAUCUGGGCAUCUUGCAGCAACACGGAGAGGGAUGUGGAGCUCAGCAAGCCAGGUGUCCUCCUCUCCAUGGCUGGGGAGAGCCCAGAGGUGGCUGGCAGAUGCCCGAGCUCUCGGGGGCCCGGUGGCCCCUAUUCUGAGGCGUCCGAUAGCCUCAGCUUCAGCAGCGACCCGCUCCUGGUGAGCACGGAUAGCUCAAGCUCAGGAGGAACGCUCUCCAGAGUCACCUUGGGAUGCCCGGCUCCAGCGGCUUGUGAAGACCCUGGGAAAGAGGAGGCAGCUGGAGCAAGCAGAGACUCCUGUCCACCUCCGAGCUGGGGGAGCUCCUCCCUGGGCACCCACGAGGUCCGUGUGGAUCACUACCCCAGCACCCAGCUCAGGGCAGGCAACGACCUCCAAGACAGAGCCGAUCCCCUUGGAAACUCCCCAGUUUUUGACACUAGCAGGGGCCGUGACACUGCGACCAACUCGUCUCAGGCCAAAGUCCCCCCGGGGGACAGCAACGGACCGUCCUUGCCAUACAUCAUUCCAGCUGUGGGCAUCGCUGUCAUCUCAGCUGUGGCGUUUCUGGUGUAUGCUCGAUUGCAGAAAUAGCGCUGGAGUGGAUGGGAUGCCACGACCAUCACUCAGCCUGAGCGAUUCUUCUUCGUAGCAGGAAUUUGGCCAACAUGUCUGAAGCCAGAAGAGCAGUGGGGAGGGAGGGGAGGUAGAGGUGUCGUUAAAUCUGGAAGGUUUUGCUGGAAGAGGCCUUGGUUGCAUGAUGCUGUUGGGUUUGGGUCUGUUCCCCCUCAUUUCCUAACCAUCUUGUCUGCAGCCUUCUCCUUUUACACCCAUAGCGAGGGUCUCGUUCAGGGAGUGAUCCCUUGAGUCAAAAAAGAAAGUCCUCAUGGCGAUUUCCCACAUCUUCCUUGUUUGGUCCCAGGAGGCCCCAGUGAAACAUGUCCUGGUGGCCCAAAGGGUGACCCCUCCACGUCCUUCCGGGCAGUGCAGCAAGGAGAGGUUUUGCAGACGUCCUGUAAAAGUGGAGCCGAUUCUGUCGAGACUGCUCAUCUUGGCUUGAAAAUGUGCCCAAAGGUCUGUGCAGCAACCUUUACCAGUGCCUCGUGGAAUUUGCCUUACUUGGUGUCUCUGGCUCUGCUGCUGGCACCUUGGCUCAUCUCUGCUUCUCCUUUCCUCCGGUGCUGAGUGCGUGGGCAGGACCCCCAGCGCACUGAGUUGCGCUGCCUCCUGCUCGUUCAUCCCUGUGAUGAGAAUGUGCCAGGCCAGACUGCAUGCAAGCUGUCCCCUGUCCCGGAAGCUGUUGUCCUGCUUCGGUGUCAGAGCAUCCUCCCCAGGUCCAGAGGGUCAGGGAUGGGAUCUGGGAUCACUUCAUGCAGUGCUGACACCCUAGGGAUGAAGUGGAGGGUCAGGAAAGAGCCGUAUCUAACCAGCUUUCUUGAGGAUCAACCUCAUUUCACCCCCCUCCUGCCAGGGAAGGGGUUAUUGUCUAAGAGGAACAUUUCACACAAUGCCAGCAUUAAGUGGACUCGGUCCCACACAGACUUGGGUGGCUUUGAUCUUGAGGAUGAAUUUUUGAAGCCUGGCUAGGAGGGUGGAUGUAGUUCUUGCCUAUCCCAAUACCCACCUCUCCCCAAAAGCACAGGGGCACAAAAGUAACAAAACUACUUUUUUUUAGUUAGUUAUUGUAGCUAGAGGGUUUUUUUUAAUUAUUUUUUUAAAUUGUUUUUUGAAGCUCUAAAGAUGCCAGUGCAGACUUUUGGGUGUUCGCACCCUCCCAUGAUUUGCUGGGGGGGCAACAGGGGAGCUGUGGCAGGAGGCAGGACUGGGCAAAACGUUUGGCGGUCUGGUGGUGGAUUUGCACGGCAGAAGGCUCGUGCCAUGGGCUGGCGUGGUUUGAAUCUGGUGAGCCCGCAAGGAUGCCGUGGGCUUUAAACCACUGCAGUGGCCUGGUGCUGACAGCUGGGCUGCGCUCCUAAUCCAGGCUGUUGCUUCUUCCCUGCUUUACUGCGUCCAGUAAUUCAUUCCCCCAGGAUUCCUGCUGUUCGGCACAGCUUUCCGAAACCUUCCCGCUGGCAGGGGAGAUGGAGGGAGAUGAGCUCCCCGGCACCUGGCUGCAGAGUGCAGCCGUCCUGCCUGGAGCUUGGCCUGCGGCGGGAAGGGUCCAUCACCCCCAUGAUGGGGUGAAUGGCUGCUCCUCCCUAACACUUUGCCCAAAACCAGAAGUGCCUCCCUCAGUAAACUAUUGUGGUUUUUUCCUCAGCUUUUAUAAUUCUGUCAGUGGGGGCUUUGUACAGACCUGUCGCCUCUCUGUGAAAGCUGCAGUUUUCAGCCCUGAGAAUUACUCUAUUUGUAGUGGGUAAGGAAAUCUCCCCAAAUCCUUUCACCUUACUAUUGAAUAUCAGAAUACAUAUAGUAAAGCAGAGUAACCGCACUGCAGGAUCCAUCCCAAAAUUCCACUCUUUAAAGAGAGGGCACGUGCCUUCUCCACACGUUUUCUGUGUGAUUCUGAGGACGUCUGCGAGAUCCCAAACCAGCAGCAUCCAUACCAAGGCCAUCUUCUCUCAUGCAUUACUUGCCUGCAAAAUUCUUCACGUAUUUUCCCAAUGGCUUGUAUGCUUUGCCUUUUUCACUUUGAAUCACUCUUGUGAAACAGCUGGUUUAUCACCGCUUCAGACUUGAUAAAAGCGUACGUUCGGUUUUCUGCUGUGAAGAGCCGAUGUUUUCACAGUUGUAAUGUAGCACUUUAAAAGCGUAAUCAGCAGGUGAACCUGCAGGAGGGAAAUGUGUCCCUGCAAAUCUUUUUAAAAAAAGGGAAAAAAAAAAAAAGCCUUUUACUGACUGCACAAUAAAAUUGUUUGCCACUUCGCACUCA